CGAGUGCUGAGGACAGGCCGACCGCCCGGCCCGGAUGGGGUACUCGGAAGAGUUUCCACCGCGUGACAUCACGCUCCAAGAGCGCGUGGAAAGAUAGCCCGCGAGGCGUUCUUACGAGUCGGUUUUCUGUUUCGAGUGCUCAGUUCUGUGAUCCGCAAUGGACGGCGGAGGAGUGGCGAAGGCUACGCGCGUGAGAAGAAGUGUUGAAAUAGCGGAAAGAGCAGCGCAGUAUGAGCGGCCCUCCGCGCCGUUUCCUCAGCAGCAGCAGCCAGCCCAGCUCCGGCACUCGCAGCAGCAGCGGCAGCAGCAGCAGCAGCGGCCCAGCAGCGCGGGCGGCGGCACGGGCAGGUUCUCCUCCGACAGCAUGACGCAGCGCGAGGAUGUCAUCAAGUUCGAGCAGGGCCGCAUCCGCGCCCUGCAGGAGGAGCGGCUGGCCAUCCAGAAGAAGACCUUCACCAAAUGGAUGAACUCCUUCCUCCAGAAGGCAAGAAUGGAGGUUGAUGAUCUAUUUGUAGAUCUUGCGGAUGGCAAGAAGCUCCUCAAACUUCUGGAAAUAAUUUCUGGGGAGAAGUUGGGAAAACCCAAUAAUGGGAAAAUGCGUGUACAUAAAGUAGAAAAUGUAAAUAAAAGUUUGGCAUUCCUUCACACAAAGGUACAUUUAGAAAGUAUCGGUGCAGAAGAUAUUGUGGAUGGAAACCCUCGCUUAAUAUUGGGUCUUAUUUGGACCAUAAUUCUACGUUUCCAAAUCCAAGAAAUCGAGAUAGAUGUGGAUGAAGAAAAUGAAAGCAGUGAAAAGAAGUCCGCUAAAGAUGCUCUACUGUUAUGGUGUCAACGCAAGACAAAUGGAUAUUCGGGUGUUAAUAUUCAGGACUUUACAGGAUCAUGGAGAAAUGGGCUUGGGUUUAAUGCCUUGAUCCAUGCACAUCGACCUGAUCUCAUUGAUUAUACCUCUUUGCAUCCUGGAAGGCACAUUGACAACUUAAAUAAUGCAUUUGAUGUGGCCAACACAGAAUUAGGAAUACCUCGACUGCUUGAUGCUGAAGAUGUUGAUCAAAGCCGUCCUGAUGAAAAAUCCAUUAUCACCUAUGUUGCCUCUUAUUACCAUACAUUUGCUAGGAUGAAAAAUGAAAUGAAAAGUGGUAGACGAAUUGCUAAUAUUGUUGGACAGAUGAUUGACGCAGACAAGAUGAAAGUCCAUUAUGAACAAUUAACCACCGAUUUAUUGGAAUGGAUUCGACAGAAAGUAUUGGAAUUGGAAAAUCAUAACUUCCCUAAUUCAUUAGAAGGAAUUCAGAGAGAACUUUUAAGAUUCAAACAAUACCGAACCAUCGAGAAGCCACCGAAGUACAAAGAAAGAAGUGAAAUUGAAGCUUUGUAUUUUCAUAUUAAUACUCAACUCAAAUCACUGAAUCAACCAGCUUUUGCACCUCAAGAUGGUCAGUUAAUUCACGACUUAGAACGAGCUUGGGAAGGAUUAGAACGAGCGGAACAUUUACGUGAAGUAGCCUUGCGGCAAGAACUUCUUCGGCAAGAGCGUCUUGAGCAACUAAAUUAUAAAUUUGAAAGAAAAAGUGUCCUUCGGGAAGGCUACUUGAAAGAAAUGAUCCAGGUUUUAUCAGAUCCUCGCUAUGGUAGCAACUUAAGUCAAGUGGAUGCCACAGUUAAAAAACAUGAAGCAAUUAGUGCUGAUAUUUUGGCUCGAGAAGAACGUUUUCAUGAUCUUACUGCAAUGUCAGAAGAACUUGUACGUGAAAAUUAUCACAGUAAGGAAAGAGUACAGAAGCGCAGUGCUGAAGUAUUAGCUCGUUGGGCAGAGCUUUUGCAAUUGUUGGACAAGCAUAAGACAAACCUCACUAUGCAGAGCAACCUAAUGGGCACUUUGAGAGAAAUCGAUACAGUUAUGGCUACCAUAGCAGAGUUGCAAGUGAAUUUUCAAUCGGGGGAUGUUGGUCAACACUUGUUAGCUGUUGAAGACCUUCUCCAGAAACAUGCUUUAGCUGAACUUCAAGUCACUUCCUUAGGAGAAACACAAAGAAGAUUGGGUCGUCAGGCUCAACAGUAUGAAGGCCAAGGAGGUCGUGAAGGAGUUCUUCUUCAACAGCGAUUGGAGCAAAUGAAUGCUGAAUAUGCCAACUUAAUAGAAAGUAAUAAGGCUCGCAGAGCUCGAUUAGAAGAUGCUCGAAAUUUCUACCAAUUUGUUCAAGAUCACGAAGAUGAAGAGUCCUGGUUGAUUGAGAAACAAAGAAUAUGUAAAGCGGGAAUCUCAGCCAAAGACCUUCGAGCAGUACUGAGUCUUCAACAAAAACAUAAGGUGUUGCAAGAUGAAAUGAAAGCGAGGCGGCCAAAAUCAGAACAAUUGUGUGCUGUAGGUGAAAAAUUAAUUAAAGAUCAGCACCCUCGUGGAUCAGAAAUAAAAUCGAGAAUUGAGAGUCUCCAGGAGAACUGGAAAGUUUUAGAAGAGCUUGCUGCCUUGCGUAAAAAGCAAUUGGAGGAUGCUGCAGAAGCUUACCAGUUCUAUACUGAUGCUAAUGAGGCAGAUUCUUGGCUGAAUGAGAAAAUGGCUCUUGUGGCAUCAUCUGACUAUGGGGAGGAUGAACCCAGUGCUCAAGCCCUGCAACAGCGACACAAAGACCUGCAGGGUGAACUCCAUGCAUAUCAGGGAGACAUACAAAGUUUGAACGCGCAAGCAGAGCGACUUAUUAAGGCAGGAAUUUCAACGUUAGAGCUUUCUAGUCAACCGGAAGUGGCUCCAGAAUUGGAAGCACCAGAUGAGUGGAUACAGGAAGUACGAAUGGUGCCACAAGAAUAUUGGGAGGAGGAACCCGUGGAGAGGAUGGUUGACAGAAUGGUACUUGAAGAAAGAAAAGUACCUCAAGUGAAAAGCUUAUAUCCAUUUAGUGGCCAGGGAAUGGUUAUGGCCAAAGGAGAGAAAUUCUUAACUGACCUAUCAGCAAGUAGUAAGCGUAUUGAAGCAUUGGAUGCUGCUGUUGAAGAAUUUGUUAAGCAAGGCCACAGUCAGUUGGAUAAGGUGCGAGCACGUCAAAGACAUAUUCAUCAGUUGUGGGACCAUCUUAAUCGCUUGAAAGCUCAGAAAGAGCGCAGUUUGGAGGGCGCUAGUAGUGUGGAGUUAUUCAAUCGAACAUGUGAUGAAGCUCGAGAUUGGAUGCUGGAAAAGAUGACUCAGCUUGAUACAGCAGAAUUAGGACCUGAUCUUCGCACAGUGCAGGCUUUGCAGCGUCGCCAUCAACAGUUGGAACAGUCAAAGCAUCGUAUCCAAAUGAAAGGACCAAUGUUAAUGGAAGACAACGAGAAAUUCAGGAUCUUUGGGAAAAAGUUAAGUUGUCGUGGGUUGCUUCAAUCAAAGAUGCUCUGAAUGCAGAUGAGUCAGCUCGAGAUGUUGCAACAGCAGAAAAUUUACUCAAAAAGCACAAUGAGCUGGGUGAUGACAUUCGAGCCCAUGAAGAUGAAUUUCGUGAAGUUGCAAAAUUAGGACAUCAGUUGCUUCAGCGAAAUCGAGGCCUCACAGACGUACAGGAGAGGCUCAAUCGAUUGGAUGCUGAGCAUCAGGCAGUACUACGCGGAUGGGGAGAGAAAGGAGACUGGCUAAGACAAUGUCUUGAUUUGCAAUUGUUGAAUCGGGAAGCUGAUCAGAUCGAUGCUUCAACUUCAAGCCAUGAAGUGUUCUUGGCAAACACGGAUUUGGGAGAAUCCCUUGAUGAUGUUGAAGCUCUUCUGAAACGUCAUGAGGAUUUUGAAAAUACGCUUUAUGCCCAAGAUGAAAGACUGAAAGCUUUUAGUGAAAUGGCAGACAAAUUAAUUGAGGCUGGUCAUUACGAUAGUAAAUACAUUGAUGAACGCCGCAACCAGGUGCUCAAAAGACGCCAAGAGGUCAAGGAAGCAGCUCAGGCUCGGAGAGCUGCCCUCACUGCUUCUCAUAACUUUCAGAAGUUUUCUGCCGAUGUUGGCGAUUUGCAAGGCUGGUUAGCAGAUAAAAUGAAGACUGCAUCAGAUGAGUCAUAUAGAGAUCUCAGCAAUUUAGAGAGAAAAUUACAGAAACAUGAAGCAUUUGAACGUGAAUUGCGAGCCAAUGAGGGUCAACUCCGUGCUGUGAAUAAGGCUGGACAAGCAUUGAUAGCUGAAGGCAAUUACCGACAAGCGGAUGUAGCAAAAAUGCUUCAGGAGCAAAAUCAAGCUUGGGAGAAACUGGUGGCAUUAUCUCAAAACAAAAGACAACGACUUCGACAGGCAGCUGCCCAGCGAAUGUACAACCGGAGUUUGGAAGACACACGUCUUAAAUUGGAAGAGAUAGAAGCAAGCUUACAGUCCCAGGAAGUUGGCUCUGACUUGCGCCAUUGUAAAGAACUUCUCAAAAAACAUCAAGCACUUGAAAAUGAUAUUAGUCAAUGGAAUCAAAAAGUAGAUGGACUAGUUACCAUGGGUGAAGAAAUGGUUCAUGAAGGACACUUCGAUGCUGACAGCAUUCUCAAGAAUAAUCGCGAAUGCCAAAGAAAAUUUGUGGCCUUAAAAGAACCAGUCCAGAAAAGAAGAGAAGCUCUUGAAGAGUCUCUUAGGUUUCAUAAGUUUGGUUUUGAACUUGAUGCUGAAAAGCAGUGGAUAAGAGAGCACAUGCCUUUGGCAUCUUCAACCACUUUAGGGCAAAAUUUACAUCAGGCUCAAUCUCUUCAGAAGAAACACAGAAAAUUGGAAGCCGAAAUAGCGGGUCAUCAGCCUGUUAUUGACAGAACUUUGUCAUCAGGUUCUUCCUUGAUUGAGCAAGGACAUCCUAGAAGUUCUGAGAUUCGGGACCUGUGUCAUAGUUUGGAGAUGGAUUGGGAAGAUCUGCAGGCUCAUGCUCAAGAACGUAGUAGAAAACUUGAUUUGUCCUUAAAAGCCCAAGAAUUUUUCUUUGGAGCUAGUGAAGUUGAAGCCUGGUUGGGAGAGAAAAAUGAUGUCUUAAGCUCCACAGAUUAUGGCCGAGAUUAUGAUGCAGCUAGAAAAUUGCUUACUAAGCAUAAGGCUCUUGAGUUGGAAUUGGAUACAUACAGUGGAAUUGUUAAUGAAAUGGGUCAUUCAGCUAAUGCCAUGGUCAGUGCAAAGCAUCCAGAUGCAAAAGCUAUUGCUGCAAGACAACAACUUAUUUCCCAACAAGUUCGAGCUCUUCAGCGGCUUGGAACGGCUCGUCAACAACGAUUAAUGGAAUCCAUGUUUCGCCAUGAGUACUUCCUUGAGAGUGCAGAGUUGGAACAAUGGAUACGAGAACAAGAACAAACAGCUGCAAGUGAAGAUUAUGGCCAUGAUUAUGAGCAUUUGUUGGUUUUGCAAAAUAAGUUUGAUGACUUCAAGCAUCGUAUAGAUGCAGGAUCAGAACGUUUUAAUCAAUGUGAAGAACUGGCUAAGAAGCUGAUAGGCAACGAUAGCCCCUAUGUCUCUGAAAUAGAGAAACGUCAGGAACAGCUUAGUCAGUCUGGUGAAGGACAUGUGGAUCCCAAGGCUGAGGUUGCUGCUCGGCAUAAUCAUAUUCGGGAGUGUUGGCAACAGUUGCUUCAGUUAAUAGAACACAGAGAUAAACGGUUGCAAGCAGCUGGAGAAAUUCAUAGAUUCCAUCGUGAUGUUGCUGAAGUUCUAUCACGCAUUCAAGACAAAGAAGCUGCAUUACCAGAUGAUCUUGGCAGAGAUCUUAAUUCAGUUCUUUCACUUAUGCGUCGUCAUGAGGGCUUUGAAAAUGACUUGGUUGCCCUAGAGGCUCAAUUACAGGUUUUGGGAGAAGACGCUACAAGAUUGCAGGCACAGUAUCCUGGCCAAAAUGCAGAACAUAUUGCACAACAACAAGAAUUUGUCAGCUCAAAUUGGGAUGGCUUGCAGGAAAGAACACGACAACGAAGUCGUGAUUUGCAAGCAAGUUGUGAUCUCCAACGUUUCUUAACUCAAGUGCGAGACUUGUGGAGUUGGGCAGCUGGUUUACGAGCUACAAUGAUGACAGAAGAAAAAGUACGUGAUGCAGCAAGUGCUCAGACAUCCAAAGCUGAACAUGAAGCCGUGAAAGCAGAAAUUGAAGCUCGAGAAGAAUCCUUCCAGAAUGUAGUUGACUUGGGACAAGCGAUGGUUCACGCUGGUCAUUAUGCAUCACAGGAAAUAACUGAGCGUUAUACACAGUUGUUGGAAGAGCGUCGAAAGUUGCUAUCUGCUUGGCAGCAAAAGAAAGUGCACCUUGAUCAACUUAUCGAUUUACAUUUCUUCCUAAGGGAUGCAAAGCAAAUGGAUGCUCUUUCAAGUUCUCAAGAGGUUGCCCUGUCAAGCGGAGAUUUUGGAACAACUGUUGAAGAGGUUGAUGCCCAAGUCAAGAAACAUGAUGCAUUUGAAAAAUUACUUCAUACUCAAGAAGAAAAGGUUGCUGCUCUGCAAGAACAUGGGGAUAAACUACUUGCACAAAAUCACUUUGAUAGUGCUACCAUUAGAAACAGACUAGGAGAAGUUCUUGCUAGAAGAACACGGGUGAAAGACUUGUGUUUUGCUAGGAAGCAAAAGCUUGAAGAUGCUCUAUUGCAUGCACAGUUCAUGAGGGAUGUUGCAGAGGCCGAAUUAUGGAUUGAUGAGAAAGAAAAGAAAUUGGAGGCUGAAGCACAUAAAGGAGAUGUGUCAAGUUUGGAGGACAAAAUUAAGAAAUUACAGAAACACCAGGCUUUCCAGGCUGAAUUGGCUGCUCAUGAGGGACGGAUUCAACAAAUUAGAGAGAAAGGAGAGACCUUGUUAACGAAGAAGCAUAAAGCAUCACGUGAAAUUCGUCAGCAACUCGAACAAUUACUUGCAGCAUGGCGACACCUCCUGGCCGAAUCUAAUAAUCGUGGUAGAGGAUUGGAAGAAGCCCAGGACAUUCUUGAAUUCAAAAAUCAAGUUGAGAAAAUAGAAGCAUGGAUUCGUGAUAAGGAAAUGAUGGUUCAAGCAGGUGACACUGGCAAAGACUAUGAACAUUGUCAAGCCCUUCAACGAAAACUUGAUGAUGUUGAUUCUGAUAUGCGUGUUGAUGAUGGUCGCAUGCGUUCAAUUAAUGCAUUAGCUGACAAGCUUAUUAGACAAGGCCACAGUGACACUAGAAGUGUGCAGCAACGUCGUGAUGAACUUAAUUCUAAAUGGAGAGCUCUACAGGGAGCUCUUAGUGCAUAUCGUAACAAAUUAGCUGGAGCUCUAGAAGUGCACGCUUUCAACCGUGAUGUUGAUGAUACAAGUCAGCGUGUAUCUGAGAAAGCUGUGGCAAUGAGCUCUGAUGAUGUUGGCCGUGAUCUUAAUGCAGUUGAAGCUUUACAGCGCAAACAAGAAGCUCUUGAAAGAGAUAUGACUGCCAUUGAAGGCAAAUUGAAGGAACAUGACACUGAAGCUCGCAGACUUGUUCAGAAGCAUCCUGACUUAUCAUCUUCCAUUCGGACAAAAUUGUCAGAACUUCAGGAGAAUUGGAGAUCUCUUCAACAGUUAUCUGCUCGAAGAAAAGAUCUUCUGGUUAAUGCUUACACUCAACAUAAAUUUCAGGCUGAGCUUCAUGACUUAGAACUUUGGGUUGCUGACACAAUUAAACGAAUGGGUUCAAGAGAAUUGCCAGGAAGCAUUGCUGAAGCAGAAGCUGCAUUAGAAUUGCAUCAAGAAAGGAAAGCAGAGAUAGAUGGAAGGCAGGAAUCAUUUAAGUCUCUUAAAGAAUUUGGGCUUCGUUUGACCCCUGGUGAUGAGGAACUGGGACCAAGUUUAGCAAAACUUGAAGAACUCCGUCGUACUUUGAGUGCAGCAUGGGAGGAUCGUCGUCAUUUGCUUACCCAGGCACAUCAGUUGCAACUGUUUCGAGAGCAAGCAGACCAAGUUGAAAGCUGGCUUGCAGCAAAAGAAGCUUUCCUUAACAAUGAUGAUCUUGGAGAUUCGUUAUCUAGUGUUGAGGUACUACUUCGGAAACAUGAGGCAUUUGAAAAGACUCUUGCUGCUCAAGCAGGUCGUGUGGAAGAGUUGGAAAGAUUUGCUUCUGAGUUACUAGCAGAUCAUCAUUAUGACAGCUCUGGAAUAACUCAGCGGUUGAGUGCAGUGUGUGGACGUAGGGAUCGCCUAAAGGAAAGUGCAACCGCACGCAGACAUCGUCUGCAGGAAUCCCGGCAGUUGCAGCAAUUCCUUCGCAACAUGUAUGAGGUUGAUGGUUGGAUUCAUCAAAAACAACAAGUAGCUGGUGAUGAAAAUUACAGAGACCCAUCAAAUCUCCAGAGUAAAAUUCAAAAACAUGCAGCUUUUGAAUCUGAGUUAGGUGCAAAUAGAGGAAGAGUGGGUGCAGUUUUACAAGAAGGAGAAUCUCUUAUUGGUGCUGGCCAUUUUGCUAGCAUGGAGAUUCAGACUAGGUUGGACGAAUUGGAAGGUUCUUGGAGACAACUGCAAGAUACAAGCCAUUUGAAGAGAGAACGUCUAAAUGAUGCUUAUCAGGCUCUUUUGUUCAGCCGAACUUUAGAAGAGUUAGAAACUUGGAUGGAUGAAAUAGAAACGCAGCUCCAAUCUGAAGAUCAUGGCAAAGAUUUGAUGAGUGUGACUCAUCUCUUGAAGCGACAUGCUGUUCUUGAAAGUGACGUUCACAGUCACAGUGAGGCUUUGGAGCAAGUGAAAGACACAGCAGCUGCUUUUGAACGCUCCAAUCAUUUCAUGAAAGAAGAAAUUCAAGACCGUGCAGCUGCAGUCAAUAAGAGAUAUUGCUCCCUUCAAGAACCAAUGCAGAUUCGCAGAGAUAAUCUAGAGGAUGCCCUUCUUCUACAACAAUUCUUACGUGAUGUUGAUGAUGAAAUGCAAUGGCUUACAGAAAAGGAACCUCUUGCAGCAUCAACUGACUUAGGAAAUAGUCUGACAGCUGUUCAGAGUUUACAAAAGAAACAUCAGGCCUUAGAAGCAGAAUUAGUUUCUCAUGAUCCAGUUGUGUCAAGCCUUGCAAGUCGUGCUCAAAAAAUGGUGCGUGCAGGGCACUUUGAGGCUGCUCAUAUUGAAGCAGUGAGUGCAGAGUUACAAGAGAAACUUGGACAUCUUCGGGAUCUGGCCAGUAUUCGGCGUUUACGUUUAUUGGAUGCUGUUGAGUCACAGAUGUUCUAUGCAGAAGUGAAUGAGGCCGAAACAUGGAUUCGUGAGAAGUAUCCACUGCUGAGCUCCACUGAUUUUGGAAAAGAUGAAGAUUCUGUUCAGUCACUACUUAAAAAAUUGGAGGGACUUGAAAGAGACCUCAGUGGGUUUCAGCAUACUGUCGGAAAACUGACAAAACUUGCCCAAGGAUUACUAGAAAGGGGACAUUUUGACAGUCAAACAAUAAUGAACAAACAGAAUGAAAUUGAAGCCAAGUUUUUAGAACUUCAGAAGUUGGCUGAGCAAAGACGAACCAGACUAAUUAGCUCUCAAAAGUUUUGGCGAUUUUUGCGAGAAGCAGAUGAGGUGGCUGAAUGGGUUGGAGACCAGACCACACUCACAGCAUCAGAAGAAUAUGGUCGUGAUGUGGAGCAUGUUGAGUUACUUAUUCAACAGUUUGAGACAUUUCUUUCAAGUCUUAGCGCCAGUGAAAGUCGAGUGAGUUCCUGUCUCUCCACUGGGCAAGUGUUAAUCGCUGAAAACAAUCCAGAAAGUGACCGGAUUCGAGCUAAGAUUGAAGAUACACAACAGUUGUGGGAAGAUCUGAAAGAAUUAGCUCAUGCUCGGCAAGAAGCAUUAGCAGGAGCCAAGCAAGUUCAUGUAUUUGAUCGUACUGCAGAUGAAACAAUAGCAUGGAUUCAGGAAAAAGAAAACAAUCUUGUGGCUGAAGGCUAUGGACAAGACCUGGAGACUAUUCAAGCCCUUAUAAGGAAACAUCAGGGUUUUGAAACGGAUCUAGCUGCAGUACGAGAGCAAGUUGAAGCUGUUAAAGAGGAAGCCACACGAUUAGCUGGGUUGUUCCCUGAUGCUAGAGAGCACAUUGAAGUGAAACAUGAAGACACUAUAGAAGCAUGGAAUGAACUCUUAGAACAUGCAGCUCAACGCAAGGAUAAACUACAACAAGCUGAACAACUUCAAGCAUACUUCGAAGAAUAUCGUGAUCUUAUGGCAUGGAUUAAUGAGAUGAUUGCAAAAAUUACUGCUCCGGAUCUUACUCAAGAUGUAGCAGGAGCUGAAGCACUUAUUACUCGUCAUAAAGAGUACCUCUCAGAAAUAGAUACUCGGCGUGAACUCUUUGCUAACUUCAGUAAAACAGGAAAUACCCUUAUUAAGCAGGGUCACUUCUUGGCAAAUGAAAUUGAAGAAAAGAUAAAUGUUCUAGAACAGAGAAAGAACAUUCUACAAAACAUAUGGGAUCAACGUAUGAAGAUAUAUUCCCAAAAUCUGGAUACACAGAUAUUCAAGCGAGAAGCUGAUGUACUUGAAAACUGGAUUAUAUCUCGAGAACCUAUACUUCAUGAUGGUAAACUUGGUGAAUCAAUCCCACAAGUUGAGGAACUUAUUAAAAAACAUGAUGAUUUUGAAAAGACAAUCGAAGCUCAAGAUGAAAAGUUUGGUGCACUGCGUCGAGUUACCAUGUUGGAAGAAGCCUUCCAGAAACAACAAGAAGAGGAGCAGGCACAGAGGCAAGCAGAGAGAGAACGUUUGGACAGAGAACGCAUAGAGGCACGCAAGAGGCUUGAGGUGCAGCGGAUUACAGAUGAGAGGCGGCGUGAGGAUGACAGAAGGAGAAUACAGGAGCUUAGAUCUAGGGAAGAUAUUAAUGGCAGUUCAUCUCAAAUUGAGACUGGCAUUGGGUUGAAUUUGGAGCCUACAGAAAGUCCCCAGAAGAAUAAAUUCCUUAACAUAGGUGAUAGACGAGGAGAUAUUAAACGUGCAGAAAGUAUGAAAGUGGAACUCAAGAAACCUAAAAGAACUCCUAGCUUUACAACUCGCCGUCGAACACAAAGUUUCCGCAAAUUACAGCGGCUUGAACCUGAACAGUUACCACCUGUGGAAGUAAAAGGCUACUUAGAUAGAAAACAUGAAUUGCAGAGUGGAGGCAAGAAAGCACCCAUGCGAUCCUGGAAAACUUUCUACACUGUAUUAUGUGGUCAGUUGCUGUGUUUUUUCAAAGAUUUGGAUGACUUUGUAAACAGUAAAGCUGCCACAUCUCCCAUUAUUGUGUAUAAAGCAAGAUGUGAGAAAGCUGGAGAUUAUACCAAACGAAAACAUGUCUUCAGGUUGUGUUGCACAGAUGGGUCUGAAUUUUUGUUUCUGGCUAACACUGAGGGAGAGAUGGAAGACUGGGUUAAUAAAAUAUCAUUCCAUGCUCAGUUACCACCAAGUAUGCAGCUUCUAAGCUACGAUGAUUCUCAGAAGAGUCCUGCUACAUCAGAGAGACAACAGGUAAUUGAAGGAGAUGAUGGUGACGGGGAUGCCAGUUCAGUGUCUAGUCGUGCAUCUACUCCAGAAGUUCCAAGACGUGGAGAUCAUCCUACCCCACAAACACAGCUUCUGCAACAGUACAACAGAGAAAGGCAGGCGCAGAUGAGUGACAGACCUCCAGUGCCCCCUCGAGGCGCACCCCCUCCAAUACCAGUGCGGUCUCCCAGCACAGAAGCAGUCACUCUCAGAACAAAGUCCACAGAUAACCUUGAUGCUUCUGUGAGACCUCAGCCUUACCAACAAACUCGUACAUCUGCACCUCCUCAUCAGAAUGGAGUUCGGCCACAAGAAACAUGGAACAGGGUAGAUAGUACUUCACAGGAGGUUCCCCCACCCCUGCCUUCCUCCGCCCCUCCUCACAGGAGUGUACCUUUGGCACCAGGAAGAGGCAACAUACGUGGCCAUUGGCAGGCAGAUCCAUCCAAUUUCCACCAUCAGGUUUAUGGAAAUGUGGGGCCUCCAGUUCGACAGACGAGCACAUUUGGUGGUGAAAGACCUACAUCGCUGCCACCAUACCCAAGUCAUACUCUUCCUGCUGGUGCGGUGGCUAGUGGAGAUUUCCUCUCCAAUGAGAGAUCCAGUGAAAGCCCGACAGAUAGUGAUCAACAAAUACCAGCUGUAUUGCGAAAAGACAAAGACAAAGAUAAGCGUUCGAGUGUCCUUAGUAAUUUAUUCCGCAAGAAGCGUGCUACACACUUGUAGAAUACCAUGAAAUAUGGACAUGGUGAGAAGUAUUGAGUUAAAUAACAUUUCAGUUUUAAGAAUGAGUCACAGUUUCAACAAUCAUUGUACAUGUUUUAGAGCUUCAACAUCUGUGAAUGGCUGUGAAUUUCUCCUGAAAGUGCAAAAUGAUGUAUAAGCAUUCAUUACAUUUGUACUAUGUGAAAUUUUUAUGUGAUGUAAGAUGCCAAAAGGUCUUAGAAUAUUAACCUCGCUGAAUAUUGAGAGGUUUUACAUGAGUUUGAGUUGAAACGUACCUCUUAUUCUAAUAGGAACAAAUGUGGUAAAGUCUUAGCUGUAUGAAUGAUUUGUAAUCAGUUUGGGCUCACAUUACAGAUUGAAAAUAUUUUUUACUCUUAUUAAUAUGAAAUGACAUUGUAUUUGUCAAUUUCCAUAUUUAUUUUUUCAAAAAUGUUAUAAUAAAAAACAGCAUACCUAAAUUUUGUAAGGUUUGUUACAUUUUAUUGUUACUGACCUAUUGUGUGAACAAAAUCUACUUCAAUUUAAUAUUUUUUAUUAAUUAUCUGAUGUCUUUUGCCAUUUUUUUAUAAUAUAUCAUGUGCGUAUUUUGAUUACUAAAUAAUGUGUCUUCAUAAAACAUUUUUUUCUAAAUGAAAAUGCAAUUGUAAGAUGAGAACAAACACUUGCAUUACAAGUUAUUUUAAUUAUGUACUGUAUAUAUUUAAUUAUUAGGUUUAUUAAUAUCAUUAAUAAAUCUUGUUGACCUUUUAAAAUAUACUUUCCACCACAACGUUUACCUUCAGGAAAGGUAUUUUAGUUAUUGGUGAGAGUAUUGUAAAUGCAUAAAUUCCUCUUCAUUACUCAAUAAUGUAUAAACAUUGGUUUCCACAGUUCUUGAAAAAUGAAAAAAGUUGGGUGAAGGGGAAAUGACUGGCAUUUUGUACAGAUUAUCCCAUAACUAAUCAGGCAUUUUAGGUUUUAGUAUUAAGUGUGCUCCAAAAAUGGUAGUGUAUGUUUUGUGCAAUAAUUUACAGAGUACCAUAUUUAAAUGUGAAAUAAUGUUGAUGAUGUAUUCAUGUAUAGAUAAAAUCAUUACACAAUAUUGUAUAAUUACACAAGCAUUCUUCCUUUUUCUGUUAACAAAAUAAAGUAUAAACACACUUGAUAGAUUAUUGAAUUUUUUUACACCACUUUGUAUUGCUUUUUUCCACAGCCAAAACGUAGGAGUUGCAAUUUUAGCUAAAUGAACAUUACUACAAAACU